AUCCAAUGUGAGAAGGUAUACGCUUACAGAGGAGCAGGAGGAAUUGGUAUCUAAGCUCUCCCCAGAGAUGGCAGAGAAAUUCAAGAAAGCAUUCACCAACGCCACUGCGAAAACAAACUGUGUCAAAAAUAAUCAGCUGGGAGUGACUGAGUCAAGUGCAGUAGAAGAAUUGCCAGUUAUUCUAAUGCUGCUCAAGGUAACUGCCAAUGCAGGACAAAGAAUUGGAACCCUGAUCGACUUGGCAUCGGACACAAACUACAUCACUCACAGAGCUGCCAGAAGAUUAAAUCUUCGAAGUGAAAACAUCACUUUAGUCGUUCAUGGAGUCGGAGGAAUGGCCAUGAAGGUUAGAACCAGAAGAUAUCUCCUCAGAGUGAGGGUCAAAACGCCCAUAGGCACGGAAAGAGCUCAUGAGCUUAUCUGCUAUGGUUUGAAUGAAAUUGCCAACGUCCACAGAGUCAUCAAACCUGAGCAACUCAAGAAGUUCUUCCCAGAAGUCAAUCUAGGAGAUCUGAGUAGACCAGAGAGUAUUGAGCUACUGAUAAGCCACCGCGAAGGAAGACUUGCUCCGCAAAGAGUGAAGGUGAUUGGAGACCUUGUCUUGUGGGAAGGCCCGCUAGGAAAGACUGUUGGUGGAGCACAUCCAGAUCUGUUUGAAGAAGUGGAUAUAGCCGCACACAGGUCUGAAACACACUUUGCUCGAUCCAUGAAAGCAACUGCUGUCAAGUAUCAAGAGAUAGCUAAGCUGUUCACAGCUGAAACCAAAGGAACAGUUGCUCACAGAGAGUUCUUGGAUUGGUGGAAGUGGGACAGCAUUGGAGCAGCUUGCGACCCAAAGUGUGGAGGAUGCCGGUGCGGCAACUGUCAACCAGGAGGCAAAGAAAUGACUCUGAGUGAGGAAAGAGAGCUGGAGAUCAUAAGGAAAGGCCUCACCUACAUCAAAGCAGAUGCUCACAGUGAUGAACCCCACUGGGACACAAAAUACCCCUGGAUUCAAGAUCCAAGUUCCCUUCCUGACAACAGGAUUGGGGUGGAAGCCACCUUCUUGAGAACAGAAAAGCAACUCAAAAAAGAGCCAGAGUGGAGAAUAGCAUACACAGCUCAAGUCCAUGAAAUGGUCGAGAGAAGAGCAGCGAAGAAACUCACCAAAGAGCUCAUUGCCAGCUGGAAGGGGCCAGUAUGGUAUGUCAGCCACUUGGUGGCAGCAAACCCGCACUCUCUCACAACACCUGUGAGACUGGUAUGGAACAGCAGCCAGAAGUUUAGAGGGGUCAGCAUGAAUGACCUUCUGCUGAAAGGGCCUGAUGUCCUCAAUCCCAUCCGAGCAGUACUACUCAGGUUCAGGAGAGGCGUCAAUGCUGUCCUCGGCGACAUUAAGAAAAUGUACAAUUCUGUGUGGUUGGAAGACCUGGAGAUGCACCUCCACAGAUUUCUCUGGAGAGACACUGAGGAGGAAGAGAUUGAAGAGUAUGCGAUCACCAGAGUCAACAUUGGCGAUCGACCAGCAGGGUGCAUUGCGCAAUUGGCUAUGAGAGAGACAAGCAAACUGCCCAUGUUUGCUCACCUGGAGGAGGAACGUAGGAUCCUUGAAGAGGAUACCUAUGUCGAUGACAUCCUGACUUCCCAUAAUGACUUGCAAAAGCUGGACCAGAACACCAAAAGUGUUGAAGAGAUCCUGAAGGCAGGCGGCUUCGUCCUCAAGCCCUGGGUCCGGUCAGAUCAAAGUGGGAGGCAGGAGAUCGUACCAGAAGAACAAGGAGCGCAGUCAAGCACAGCACUCAUUCUCCCAAACCAAAUGAGGGAAGGAGACAAUAAGGCCCUUGGAGUUGGAUACCUUGUUGAGGAGGAUAGACUGUACCUCAUGACUUCAAUCAAUUUCUCAAAGAGGAAAGGGAAAAUGAGAGUCGGCCAAAAUCUCCUUGAUGAAGAGGUGAGAGGGAAAACUCCAAACCCACUGACGAGAAGAGAACUGCUGAGCCAGGUAGCUAGCCUGUAUGACCCAAUAGGCCUCGUCACACCUGCCAAACAAAAGGGAGCCAUUCUUGUCAGAAAGGCGUUUCAGGAAGCUGGAGGCAAAACUCUGAACCGAGACACUUGGGACAAACCUUUGUCUGAAAAUUUGAGGGAAGAAGCCAUCCAAUUCUUUGAGGAAUACACACGUCUUGGCCAAAUCACCUUUCACAGAAGCCUCACACCAGCCAACUGGAUUGGAAAACCAUGGGGAAUAACAUUCUCUGAUGGAAGUGACAAGAGCUAUGGAGCCGUAGUGUACUUAAGAUGGGAGACCCAGCAAGGCAUCAAAGUCAGACUGGUUGAAUCCAAAGCAAAGCUCACACCAUUGGACCAAAAGGGAGAACCAGUAAAAGCUGAAAUCUGCGGUGCUGUCUAUGCAGCACGACUUCGAAAAGUUGGAGAGAUCCAGAAAUCCACAUCCAUAGAAGACUGGUGGUGGAUCCCAGGAAGCCUGAACAGUGCUGACAUCAUAACAAGAGGGGCAGCCCCAGAAGACCUCCAGGAAGAUUCCAUGUGGCAGGAUGGACCAGCAUUCCUGAGGAAACCUGUGAAAGAGUGGCCACAUAAGUCAGCCAAAGAAAUCGCUGCGUAUGGCAAGGAAGGUAUAAACAAACUUCGAAGGAAAGCUUUCUCAGCAGCACUGACCAGAGCGCAGGUCAAGAGAAACCAGAGUGAUACACAGCAAAAUAAAUCAGAUGAACCUAAGACUCGGAUCCGAAGAUCACCAGCCGGCUCUGCGGUAACAAAACUGAUUGACAUCAGGAAAUUCAGCAAUCUGACCAGGCUGAUCCGAGUCAUUGCCUGGGUUUGGAGAGCCGCAACGAGAUGGAAAGAAAUAUUGACCAAGAAUUCAGCCUCAGAUAAACCAAAGUGGGAGGACGCUCUUUCAACAAACUGGAGGUACAGAGCCAAACAAGCUGUACUCACUGUCGGAGUGUGA